CGGGCAUGUGUGUUGUGUUCUGUUCUGUCUGUCCGUCUGUGUAUGUGUGUACGUGCGUGCGCGGGCAUGUGUGUUGUGUGUAUGACGCUUUUAGUUCGUUGUUCUCCGUUGGACUAAACUAAAACAUGGAGUCGUGUAAAGAUUGUCGUGUUUUUGCCUUGUUUACAGUCGCUCUUCUUAUUUUAACGUCUCAUUUAACGCGAGGACAGGACACUGCUGACUGCCCAGCAGAUGGACGCACGUGGUUGCCGUUUGGUGACAACUGUUAUCACUUUGUUCAUGGAGAAGAGGACACGGCACAAAGCUACUCAUUUGAAUCUGCACAAGAAAAGUGUCAAUUAUAUGGUCUCUUGACAGUUAAAAGUGCUCCGGUGAAUGACUUCAUUGUCAAGUACAGCCCUAAUGUGUGGAAGCACGAUGUAAACAUCUGGCUUGGGAUUGACUAUGACAGCGAUGAUGAUGUGUUCAGGUGGAAUGAUGAUAAAAGUGUUUUGCUGUAUAAUAACUGGGAAGACGGAGGCUCGGAUGAAACUGAUCUUGCUCUCUUAAACACCUGUAUCGUUCUUCACUCCAGCACAGGAAAAUGGGAAAAUGUCAGCUGUUCAGAUGAGCCUGCGACUGGCGUCGUAUGUCAGACCAAGGCGAUCUGGCCAAGCGCACCAAAGAGCAGUCCGUUCCUCAUGGCUCUUGUCAUCAUCAGUGUGGUGCUGAUACUCGUCAUCUCUGCGGUGGUUUGGUUCCUUCACCAAAGGAACAGUCCGGGUUCAUCGAUCCUAAACCUUAUCGAGUACAACCAUCCCUUCAGUUCCCCAUCCGCAGAUCAGACCUGCUUGGUCGAAGCAGAAGAAGUUGAAGACAUACCUUAAAGCAGAAAUCUGUGAUGUUUGAAGACACAGCAGGACUGUAUAUGAGAUAAUGAUUGUCUCCAUCUUUACUUGUUGCUUAAAGGCUCCUCAGCUAUGGGCUACACAGAAACAAUGACAGAGUCGUAACUAAUACCAUCAUUAUUUCUCUGGGACGGAUUGUAGGACUGUAUGGGGAACAGGGUCUGAAUGCAUGCAAUAAAGCAUAAGACGGUAUGGGGUUUCCUUAAACAGGUAAAUUAGGUGCAUUGAUCAUCAGUGUUUUGCCAUAUAACUAGUUGUUGAUGCUUUCGUUUUUAAGGAUGUUUCUUAACUGUCUGAACUGCUUUGUUUUGUUUCCGAAUAUUUUUAAGUCCUUUAAUAGAGCAGAUGACACUGGAGUAGGGAAACUUUUAUUUCCCGUAAAUGAAAGAGUUUAUCUAAAAAUGAAAUUGCAAGCAUUAUUUUCUCAUUCCACACCUACAGGUAUAUGCAGUAGUGUUAUAUAGCAUGCCAAUUUUAUAAGAUUUUUCACAAAGCUUAUGUCUGUACAGUAAUAGCAUUUAAUGAUAACACCCGCCAAGCUCCUAAAAGGAUAAGAAGCACUAUUAAAUUUGCCCGUAUGACUGAUGCUUUAUAUUUUAAGUCUCUUGGAGCCAUACGAUAGCUGUGUGAGGAACAGAUCGUGUUACAUAAGAUCUCUUCUGCUGUCGAACUCUAAACCUGAGUGUUAAAAAAGUCACUCUUAUGAGAUUGAAAUGUUUGUGUAAAUUGAUAUUUGUUGCACUUUAUAAUCACAAGCGUUUUGGAUAUGGAUACUGCUGCUUUGCCAUAUUUUGAUCACAGAUUUUAAGUUUGGAUGUGCCACUAAAAAUGUUUUACAAAUCAAAUUGUGUAAGAUUUUAUUUUUCCACAACAAGCCAUUUGUUAUAGAGAAACUCAUAUGGUCUUUCAAGAUUAAUAAAGACUGAAAACAGA